AUGAAACAAGGAUUUGACACAAUUUACUCCAAAGUUAUUUCUUCCCAGUUGCUCAUGUCUACCCAAGAAGUAAGACUGUUCAAAAAUGGAGAGGGACAUCAACUGGAGGAGGCUUCGGGUGAUCUCCUCAACUACUUGGCUAGCACUUCCAUUCUCUAUCCUUUCUCUCUCCGCCUUUCCAACUUAACAAAGUAG